UCUGACGUUAACCGCACAUUCCCACACCAGCGUAUGUGUGCAUCAAGUUCUUUUGACGCUACAGCAACUACAGCAGGGAGCAUCCGGUGUCCCCUCUGCUUCAGGAGGGGCUUGUAGUGUGCACUCUUUGUUUUCCGGAUGCAGAACAUCCUCGAUCAGAAUUUAGACAUGGCCACAGCUCUACUCGCAGGCGAGAAGCUGAAGGAGCUCAUCCUGCCCGGCUCCUCCCAGGACGAGAAGGGCGGAGCGCUGGCCGGCCUCAUGGUGCAGCUCAAACUGGAGCUGCCCUUUGAUCGUGUCGUCACUAUAGGGACAGUCAUCAUCCCCAUCCUGCUGGUCACCCUCGUCUUCACAAGGAACUUUGCAGAGGAAUCCAUAUACUGUUACACGCCACACAACUUCACUCGAGACCAGGCACUGUAUGCAAGAGGCUACUGCUGGACGGAGCUUCGUGACGCUGCACCAGGUGUGGAGUCUCACCUUUGGCCCUCGCUGUUUGAGCACAAGUUUCUCCCCUACGCCCUGCUGGCCUUUGCUGGAAUUAUGUACAUUCCUGCUUUAGGCUGGGAGUUCCUGGCCUCAACACGACUCACUUCUGAACUGAACUUCCUGCUUCAAGAGAUUGAUAAUUGCUAUCAUCGAGCCGCUGAGGGCCGAGCCCCAAAGAUCGAGAAGCAGAUCCAGUCCAAAGGGCCUGGCAUAACUGAGCGGGAGAGGAGAGAGAUCAUCGAGAAUGCAGAGAAGGAGAAGAGCCCCGAGCAGAACCUUUUUGAGAAAUAUUUGGAGAGACGGGGCCAAAGUAACUUUCUGGCCAAGCUUUACCUGGCACGCCACCUGGCUAUCAUCUGCCUCAGCUCCAUCCCCAUUUCCUACCUGAGCGCCUACUAUGCCCGUCAGAGGCAGAAUGAAUUCACCUGUGCACUAGGUGAGCCCCCAGACAUCAGCAGCUAUUCAGAGCUGAAGCUCAGGGUGAACUGUAAACUGCCUGCUGUGCAGCUGCAGCGCAUCAUGGCAGCGGUGGAUAUCGCACUGCUCUGCACCAUGAACCUCAUCAUCCUGGUUAAUUUGCUGCAUUUAUUUGUGGUGCGCAAGUCCAACUUUGUGUUUGACAAACUGCACAAGGUCGGCAUUAAGACACGGCGACGUUGGCAGAAGUCUCAGUUCUGUGACAUUAACAUCCUGGCCAUGUUUUGCAACGAGAACAGGGACCACAUCAAGUCGCUGAACCGGCUGGACUUCAUCACUAAUGAGAGUGACCUCAUGUACGAUAACGUCGUCAGGCAGCUGUUGGCUGCGCUUGCACAGUCAAACCAUGAUGCAACCCCCACUGUGAGGGAGUCCGGGAUUCAAACCAUUGACCCCAACAUGGACCCUUCUGAUCUGGGUGUGGGAGAGAUGGGCGCCGAGCCUCUUGUCAUCAAACGACCUCGCAAGAAGAUUAAAUGGAUCCCAUCCUCAAACCCUCUUCCUCAGUCGUUCAAGGAACCCCUCGCCAUGACACGCUUGGAAAAUAACGCUAAGCCUGAAAAACCCAAACCUCUCCGAAGAAAAACUGUGGCGGACAGCUUCAUCGCUCCUCUUCUGGAUAACAAGAGCACACAGCAUACACCUUCAACAAAAGAUUUAAGUGGGAUGGAGAAAAAGCACACUCGCAACUUCUCUCUGGACGUCCAUCCGUACAUGCUGACCAUUCGCAAACCCAAGGUGGAGGCCACGAUCACAGAGCCUCUGCCAUCCGAGCACAACUUGGACACGGUGUACCUGGAGGGGACACACACCAUUGUUCAUGUGUCUGGAGCGAUUACAGAGACCAAGGUGUGCUCUCCAGAAUCAACCAACACUGCCUUUUCUACUGUGACGCUGCCCACCACCACUUAUGUGAAUGGAGUAAGCCCCAACCCUCCCUCCAGCGAGGACGCCCUGAGUCCCAAGUCCUCCCCUCCUCAGACGGAGCCACUCGUCCAGACAGAAAACCCCGAGUCUCAGCCGCCACCCCUGACCAGAGCCCCCACACACCAGCUGCUGAGUAUACAUCAUACUCUCUUCGAGGAAGAGGAGGAUGAAGAAAACAGAAGGACCAGGCUGGCAGAGAGACCUGGGGAGCUCAUUGCAGCUGGAGAGUGUUGAAGACAGAGACAACGAGGAGAAUCACCGACAGAUUUCUUUCCUUGACACUGCACUCUACUCACAUGACAGCAAUGUCAGUCACCUCCAAUAUCAACAGCCACCUUUUCUAUUUAGAUUAACUCACACACCAACGUGAUGGGUGGUCUGGGUUGUCAAGUAGAGAUAGUACGACAAGCAGACGAAAUGGGA